UCUGCCACGAGUCCGUCCGUCCGUCCGUUCGUGCAGACCGUCGGGUCGCGCAGCUUCUCUCAGCUCGUACAUUAUAUAUAUAACGCUGUGCGUGUAGUGCGUCCCUCCCUUCCUCCUCACAGAACGCGGAGUUUCGUCGAGACGUCGGUAUUAUAUCUUCUGCUUGCGACGACGUGAGCCAGUUCUUUCGAUAUAGCAUAGUGGUAGUAGUGGUAUAGAUAAACCUCCAAGUAUAGCCGCCCCGCGAUCGACGAGUGUGUGCGAGAGAGAAUAAGAGAGAGACUUUCGUUAUUUAAGCCAAGAAACCGGUGUGACUUCGAGUGCAUAUACAACGACAACAUAGUGGGUGUUUUUCUGCCGGUUUUUAUAUAUACAAGCCGAGCGACUUACUGUAAUAUACAUCGAGAUCGACGCACGUAGCUCAGUACAGUACACGGAACCAGUCGCGAUUCGAGGAUCUAACUUGCGAGGACAGAGAGAUCGGCUGAAAAAAUGGGUGGCUUUGCAUGGGUAACUUUGGCGACCAACGAUUCCUACUCGCUCGGAGCUUUGGUUUUGGCGCACUCGCUGCGCCGUGUAGGUACGCCUCACGACCUCGUCGUACUCAUCACGCCCGGAGUUUCACAGUCUAUGAGGGAUAAAUUAGCCUCAAUAUUUACUCAAGUCCAAGAAGUCAAUGUAUUAGAUUCAAAAGAUGACACGAACCUGGCAGUUCUCAACAGACCAGAAUUGGGUAUCACAUUUACGAAAUUACACUGCUGGAAGCUGACUCAGUACGAAAAGUGCGUGUUCCUCGAUGCAGAUGUUCUCGUCAUCAAAAAUUCCGACGAGCUGUUUGAGCGCGACGAGCUAUCGGCGGCGCCGGACGUCGGCUGGCCCGACUGCUUCAACUCCGGCGUCUUCGUGUACGCCCCGUCAGAUGCGAGAUUCGCCGAUCUCGUGGCCUUCGCCAACAGCCACGGCUCGUUCGACGGCGCCGAUCAGGGCCUGCUGAAUCUCUACUUCCACGACUGGGCGCACAAGGACAUAGCCAAGCAUCUGCCCUUCAUUUACAACAUGUGCUCGGUGGCCAUGUACUCCUACGCGCCGGCUUACAGACAGUACGGAGAGAAUGUGAAAAUCGUGCACUUCAUCGGCAACACAAAGCCGUGGCUUCAGCAUUACGACACGGCCACGGGGAUCGUGCAGCCACCACCGGGCUGCGCUCACUUGCAGCCCCUCAUCCAGACUUGGUGGAACAUAUUCUGCGACAAUGUGCACUCCCAGCUCUCCGACAACAUGGGAGGCAUUGCUGGAGCUCUAUCCAAAAUGACACUCGAUGAAGUGCGAACCGAGGAGCAAUCGUCAGUAGACGAAGGCAUGCGAAAAUUUAAUUGGGAACAGGGUCAAAUUGAUUACAUGGGCGCUGAUAGCUUCGAUAAUAUAAUGAAGAAAAUCCAUCAAACCAUUGCGGCUGGUGAACCUUCAGAAUCUACUGAGAAGAAAACGCAAAAACACGAAAAAAGUACGGAAAGCGGUCAGAUGGAAGCAGCUGUAGAGGCGACUAAUGUUACUAGACCUGAAAUUCCAGAAGGAAACUUGUCAAAUCCUGCUCAAGUGGUUUCAAUUAUCGACACUGAGAGGAUAUCAUUGGGUCAAGGGGCUCUAGUACAAGAUUUUGAGCCUGUAAAAGAGAAAGACAGCCCAAAUGAAUCGGAGAGAAAAGUCGAUACCCAAAUAGGAUCGCAAGAAAAUGUGGCACCAGCGACCGAUGCUUUAAGCUCAACAUCAGUGGUCAGAGUCGAGCAAGAAAGUGCUCAAUCAGAGUCUCAGAUUCUGGUGGUUUGUCCGAGGCCACAGGAGACCGAAAUUAUCAACAGAUCCGAAAUAACUUUGAAUAUUUCUGAUGUCGAAUCCAGUCCAAUCGAUUUAACGACAUCGAUACCUGCGCAAGUCGAUUCAGAAACAACAUUAGACGUUGAAAAACGAAUUAGCGAUCCAAUGAUUGAGUCAAGAUCGAUCAACGCGUGCUCGGUCGAAUCAAGUAAUUUGCCUUCGCAAGCCGACCCAGACGAAGCUCCUAUCCCGCCGAAGCGAAAAGCCAAAAACUCCAAGGAAGCAGCCGGUAAUACCGAUCCAGCUACGUAAUCAUGGAUAGUGUCGUUUACCGCUGUAAUGAUAUAAUUAUUAUUAUUAUAUUCGUGUUAUCUCAUAAAAUUGUUACUCAUUUUCCUAACAAAGGCAACGUAAUAAAAAUCAAAAUGGAUAAAGUAUAA